GUUGGUAGCAUUGCGGUCUGGCGCACACGCUACGUCAAAAAAGUCUAAAUUCAGUAAUUUUAAUGAAAAAAACCGACCCUCGGCAACCUCAAACAAAUAAAAAUUAUAAAUCCGCGAAAAAUAAAACCUUGAAAACCCAGUUAUUUUUCUAAAAAUCUAGCUGCAAACCAUUCCCACCAAGUUCACCUCCAAAUGGCGGCAAAUAGUUAUUCCGGUUUCCCCUAUGGUGAUGGAACUCAGUACAGCACCCCAGCCGCAGCGGCUUCGGUCAAUCCCGGUGCCGCUCCACCAUUUCCGUACGCCGCCGCAGCUUAUCCGACGGCUCCUUACCAUGCAACAAAUCCACCGCCACCACCGUAUUCUGGUUAUGGAUAUGGCCGUCCUAUGCAACCUUUUAACAAUCCUUAUGACGCCGCCGGCGCUCCACAACAAACAAAAGUCCACUAUUCUGCUCCACCUACUCGAAAUUUACCACAGAUCGCUCGUCCUAACAACCAUCAUCCCCACCACCACAGAGAACGACAAAAGAUGCAGCCACCUCGACCCAAACAAGUACAUUAUUGUGAGAUUUGCAAGAUUUCUUGCUCCUGUCCCCGUGCUUACACUGAGCAUUUAGAGUCAAAAAAACACAAGAAGCGCGAAGCCGGUCUGAAUGCUCCCGCUGGCAGUCAACCGGCCACCGGUCCCAACAAAUAUCAUUGCGAGUUAUGCGAUGUCAUUUGCACUGACAAGGAUGCCUAUGCUGCUCACGUUCGCGGAUCAAAGCACCAGAAAGUAGUAAAGCUUCAUACAAAGCUUGGUAAGCCCAUUCCCGAAGAAGAUCCUUCGAAAUUCGCCAAAAGUGACGCAAAGAAAUCCACUGGUGAAACAGCUGCCGAGGGAGGUGCUGCUGGAACAGCUGGCGCUGCGCCCGCAGCCGUUAAGGAAGAUGACGAUGCUCCUGAGGUGAAACCAGUGGGCGCUGAGUACAUUGAGGAGAUUAAAGAGGACGGCAAGGUGUCAAUGUUUAAUUGUAAGCUAUGCGAUUGUAAAUUUAGCGACCCGAACGCAAAGGAAAUGCACAUGAAGGGCCGGCGUCAUCGACUGCAAUACAAACGUAAGGUAAAGCCCGAUUUGGUUGUAGAUCUGAAGCCAACUGCCCGACAGAAGCGCUUGGCUCUUCUGCAGAAUGAUUUAUGGAACAUGAGAAGAAAUCCCAUGGACUUAGGUGGUGGCUGGCCACCACGCCGUGGAUUUAACGACUUUGACAUGGUGGGUGGACCAGCCCCCGGAAUGCCUCCACGUGCAAUGAACGCGCGUGGAGGUGGACCACCCUUCAUGGGCUGGGGAGGAUUUGCAGGCAUCGUUCCGAAUGUUCGCCCCGAGGGCAUAAAUGAUUUCUACACAAUUGCACGCCACUCUGAAAUCUAUCCAAAAGAGAAGAGUCUCCAUAACAUCCACGAGAUUGUGUCGAACACUGAGCGAGUUCUGCGCCAGGUCUCAGAUAUCUUAGCUGGGUUCGGCGAUUCACCAAAUAACGAUCAAGCAACAGACGCUGGUAACGAAGGUGAGUCUAACAAUGGUAUGGCAAAAGUUUCAUUCCAACAGGCAGGCGACAACGGAAAGGUACGUGUCCUCCAAGGAGUUAUGCGUGUUGGCGCUUUGGCCAAGGGUCUCCUCCUGCAAGGCGACAAUUCCGUUCAACUAGUGGUUCUGUGUGCCGAGAAGCCGAAGCUGGCGCUUCUAGAGCGUGUGGCCUCCGAACUGACCAUUCAGCUGAAAUUACUUUCCACUGGCAACAAGACGUACCUGGUUUCGGUGGGCAUUGACGAUGGCUCUAUCUCAGUCACAGAUGGAACUAUGACGGUAAAUAUUUCCUUAACGACGCCACUUUUCCGUGAAGAAGAUGUAUGUCGCAGUGGUAUUGUAAAACAAGAAACUGACGACGAAGAUGAAGGCUUUCCUCGGGAGGCGGCUCUGCAGGCCCUUGCGGAAUUACGCCACUCCAAGUGGUUCCAGGCUAAGGCGGCUACUCUGCCUUCUUGUGUUUUAGUUAUUCGAGUGAUGCGCGACAUCCGCCAGCGUUUCCCCGUUUGGCAGGCUAUGUCCCAGUGGGCCAUAGAGUUGCUGGUCGAGAAGGUGAUUUCCUCAGCUAGAUUCCCGCUCGGACCAUCGGACGGUCUGCGACGCAUAAUGGAAGCCGUUUCUACGGGUCUCCUUAUCAAUGGUCCGGGUCUAAUUGACCCCUGCGAAAAAGAACGUCGAGAUGUUAUUAGAAACCUAACUCCGCAACAGCGCGAAGAUAUUACGCACUGUGGCCAAAUGUUUCUGCGUUACAUUGCAUUCAAACAAAUAUACAAGAUCCUAGGUAUGGAACAAAUGUCAACGUCCAAAUUGAAGUGGAAAUUCUGGCUUCUAAACAGGAAGCGUGCGUGUGACGAUGGCGACAAUGAAGGUGAAACCGAUGGUAAAUUGCUCAAGACAACAUCAGAUUGAUAGUUAGAUUAAGAAAUCGCGAAUAAAAACAAAGAAAUUUAAUGAAGUUGAGAGAAUACGGGAUGAUGUUGGAUUCAAAAAAUUGGACAAACAUGAUGACCGAAGACGAAGACGAAGCCGAAGCAAGAACAUUAAGAAUUCAAUUCAUGAAUAAUGUUAUUAUUUAUACAUAUAUUAUAUAUUAUUAUAUCUGAGAGAUAUUUUCUUCAUUCUCAAUACAAAUAAAAAUUAUCAAGAAUCAUUUAACUGCA